UGUGCAUUACUUUUAUUAGUCUCAUCUAAAAAUUAAAGCUGCAAACAUGUCGCUCGUAACAGACGAUGAGUGGGCUCAGUAUAAGACUGAGCACAAGAAGAGCUACGAUAAAGACGAGGAUCAAAUACGUCGUUCGCUGUACGAGAAGGCCAAGGCCAAAGUCGAGGAGCAUAAUAAGAAAUAUGAAAGCGGCGAGGUUACAUGGACAAUGGGCAUUAAUCAUAUGUCGGACUUUACCAAGGAGGAAUACGAGAUGAUGUGUGGCUCGAGGAAGAAAUAAUUGAAUGCAUUUAAACGAAUCUCGUAAAAUAUUUUAAUCAUGUAUAUUUUGUAUGUAAUUUUUUACCCACGCCGAUAAUACAAAUAAACAGCUGUAUAAAGCAAUCCUUUGAUUUGGUCACACUAUGAA